ACGAGUAGGCUGGAAAAUGGCCCGCGUGUGAGACACAGUUGAAUGUUCAUCGUCAUCCAAAAUGGAAAGAGACAACCGUUAUUAAACAAACGCUUUCACCAUCAUCAUUAUUUUCCUCUUCUUUCUUUCUUUCAUAUAUACAGAAAAAUCUUCAUUCAUAAUAUGUCAAUGGCGACUCACUUCACCUUCCACACAUCCUCCUCUUAUUCUUCUCCUUCUUCCACGCGGUGCCUUUCUGUACUCUCUCUUCCUCCUCAACUCUCAUCCAUAAAGACCAAGUUACCCUCCACAACAUUCUUGACAGGAGAAGGAGGCACAUCACAGUUUCUCAAAUUGAAGUAUGCCGCCACAACAACAACAACUAAACGCGGCGGCAGCGGCGGUUCACUCUCCGUUGUUCGUAUGUCAUGGGACGGUCCACUCUCUUCCGUCAAAUUAAUCAUCCAGGGUAAAAAUAUGCAGCUGAAUGAUGCGGUGAAACAGCACGUAGAGGAGAAAGUGGGAAGAGCAGUUCAGAAGCACAGCUAUUUAGUCAGGGAAGUUGAUGUCAGGCUAUCUACUCGCGGUGGAGGAGAAUUUGGUCGAGGACCUAGAACACGUAGAUGUGAGGUUACUUUGUUUACAAAGAGGCAUGGGGUGGUGCGGGCUGAGGAACAUGCGGAAACUACCUAUGCGAGUAUAGAUUUGGUGUCCUCGGUCAUUCAGAGAAAGCUGAGAAAGAUUAAGGAAAAAGAAACUGAUCAUGGUCGCCACAUGAAGGGAUCCAAUAGGUUGAAAUUUAGAGAGGCAGUAUUGCCAUUACCCACGGAGGAUGAAACUGAAAUCUCCCCACAGAAGGAGGAAGAAGAAGAACUUAUUGAAGAGGUUGUUCGGACAAAAUACUUCGACAUGCCUCCUUUAACUGUGUUUGAAGCAAUUGACCAGUUGGAAAUGGUUGCUCAUGACUUCUAUGCUUUUCGAAAUGAAGAAUCUGGGGAGGUUAACAUUGUAUACAAAAGAAAAGAAGGAGGUUAUGGACUCAUUAUUCCCAAAGGAAAUGGUGAAGCAGAUAAAUUGGAGCCUAUAGUGGUUGAACCGGCUAAAGAACCCUCUCUGCAAGAAUGAAAGGAAUUCCACGUGAAACUCAUUUUCUAAGAACACAAGAGCUUGUACAUGAUUAGCGGAUAGUAAUAGCAAUUUCUUUGGAGCAAGAAGUUGCAUAUGAAAUUCUAAUGGAGACUCUGGGGUUUUAACUUUCAAGUGCAAACCAAGUUUUAAAGUUUAUAAUAAUGUACACUUGGAUAGCCAGUGAUUGUAAAAUGAAAGAGAUGCACCAUUGAGUGUGCUGCACAUAACUUCCACGAUACAUCUUUUCCUCUGACAAUGUCAUCUGCUUUCUUUCAUCGUUCGUUUUGUUCUGCUUUGUGUUAUUACUUUUCCAGAUUACUCAAAAUUUUAAA